AUGUCAGCAGAAACAGGACUACAACCGGAGAUGGCAAACGUCGACCGACCUAAUGAAGACCUGCCUGUCGCCGCUGAACAAAGUGAUGAUCUUUUCGGCGAGGAGCCUCAUGGAGAGUCUGUCGACAAUGUUGCCAAGGCACCUGUCGACAAUGUUAUCGAUGCUGCCGACGCCUUAAAGCCGGCGCCGGCCACGACUGACCUGUCAGCCAAUGGUCCGCCUACUCCUGCUGACUCACAAACUGUUGACGCGCCUACAUCCGACGCCGCUCCAGUGACAGAACCGUCUUCUGGCAUUGAAGGCGUUGCCAAAUUCAUUCCGUCUGACGCGAACCUCGACCAGCCCGUCGUCUCACCAUCAGAGCCCCUUGGUGACGGAGAAGCGCACAUCACUGAGGACACUGAGAUCACUGAUGCACCUUCACUUGCCACUGUAGCUGAGACUCACUCCGCCACUCUGCCGGAACCUCAGGUGAUUGAAGAGUCAAAACCUGCUGUCACUGAUGGUGUUGUUGCCGCCAACUCCGAAUCAAAUCAACUCCUAGCCACAGAUCUUUCUAACGGUGUUGCUGACCAGUCAAAAACUGAAGACGUAAAACCCGAAUCAGAUCUUUCUCUCACUAACGGCUCCAUCCCUGAUUCUACUGCGCCGGCUGCAGCAGCACCCACUAUGGAAGCCUCCGCUGGUAUGGCACCUGCCGCGCUUCCGACAGACACAUCAGUCGACCAAGAAAUGUCAGAUGCACCCUCGGCAGGAACUGUUCGCGCCCGCGAAGAAGAUGAUGCGACUGGCGAGCCUUCAGCAAAGCGCACAAAGACAACAGAUGAUGUUAAUGGCGAAACGCAAGCUGAAUUUGAAAGCACUGCUCAGGCUGCCCCUGUCACUUCGAAUGGUGGAACUAACGGUACCGCCGUUCCUGUCGUUCGCCCUCAAAACACACCCCGCAUCAGUUCUGGCCCUAUCACCAAAAACCAAAAGGCUUUCUUGAUUGAAAAGAUGAAGAACACCAAGAAAGUCAAGUCUGCCUUCUGGUUCACCAAACCCGUUGAUUAUGUGGCUAUGAAUAUUCCCCAUUACCCCACUAUCAUCAAACAGCCCAUGGACCUUACCACAAUCGAGCAAAAACUCAAGAACGACCAAUACUCUUCGGUCGACGAUCUUGUGUCCGACUUCGAGCUCAUGGUCACAAACUGCUUUACCUUUAACGGCAUUAACCACGCCGCUUCUGUCUCGGCACAAAACCUCAGAGCCUAUUUCAUGAAGCAGAUGCAAAUGUGCCCCACUGGAGAAGCUGCGCUGCCCAAGGCAAAGUCGCAUGUCGCUAAGAAGGCAUCGCCCAAGCCCGCCGCUCUACCCCGCCCUGAGCCAGCCAAGCCCGCUGCACCUGCCAAGUCACCCUCUGGCGAUACAUUUGCUCUUUUGCCCGAUGGAACACCAAUGAUUCGCAGAGACUCAACUGCAGGCAGGCCCAAGCGGGCUGUUAUUCCUCCAGCUCCACGCGAUCUGCCUUACUCAACAUCAAAGCCCAAGAGAAAGGAAGCCCAGACCGGCCUGAAAUUCUGCGAGCAUAUUCUGGAAGAGUUCCGCAAGCCAAAGCACGACCGCUACGCCGCUCCAUUCCGCGUUCCGGUUGAUCCUGUCGCUCUCAACAUUCCCCAGUACUUCAGCAUCAUCAAGCACCCCAUGGACAUCUCCACAAUCACCCAGAGGCUCAAGGGAGGACAGUAUGCAUCCGCGGAAGAGUUCAGAAACGAUUUCGAGUUGAUGUUCUCAAACUGCUUCAAGUUCAACCCUGCCGGAAACAUUGUGCACGAAAUGGGCAAAGACUUCCAGACAGAAUUCCACAGAGAGUGGUCCAAGAAGGAUAGCUGGAUCAAGAGACACACGCCUCAGUCUCAGCGCGCUAGUCCCGUGUCAGAUGUUUCUGAUGGCGAUGACUCUGACGAUGGCCACGAGGAAGACGACGAGCAUGACAGCAAUGAAGCCACUAUCUCCUUGCUCAGAGAGCAACUGGCCGCAAUGCAGAACAUGGUUGCAUCGAUUUCUGGUGGCAAACGCGCAUCUCCAAAGGCAUCUGGUAGUAAGAAGAAGAACAAGAGUGGCAGCACCGGCGCCAGCAAGCCCAGCAAGAAGGCUGGCGGCAGCUCCGGCCUCUCACGUCCUACUAUCAAGACCGGAUCUAAGCCUAAGAAACAACGCCUGGUCACAUAUGAUGAGAAGCAGGAAAUUAGCAGCGCCACAGAACACAUGAGUGCCGAGCAGGUGGAGAAGCUGACCAACAUCAUCACGGAGAAUGUUGCUAAGUACAAGGAUAUGGCUGGCGAUGAUGUUGAGCUUGAGAUCGAUGAUCUGCCAAAUGAGGUACAACACAAGCUACUCCGUUACGUGCGCAGCAUUUUCCCCAAGGCUGAGCCGGUCGAAAUGGACGCCAAUGCGAUCGAUGACGACUACGAGCCCGAGAAGCCGUCAGCACGUUCUGGCGGAGCUGCAAAGAAGAAGCAUAAGCCCAUGAAGAAGCACGAGCAAGAGGACCGCAUUAGACAGCUCAAGGAGCAGAUGGCUGCUAUGUCUGGUGAUGUCAAUUCCGUUGCUGGUGGUGGUGCAGCUUCCUCCGCUGCUCACCGCGCCGAUUCUAGUGAUGAUGAAGACAGCGAGAGCAGUGAAGAAGAGUAG